AUGGGUCCCAGGGAACAGCCCCGUUUCUCACCUGGCCUCUGGUGCUUGCUUGCAGGGCCGGAGGCGUUCUGCGACUUCAACGGCAAGAAGUACAGCCCGGGGGAGAGCUGGCACCCGUACCUGGAGCCGCAGGGGCUCAUGUACUGCAUCCGCUGCAGCUGCAACGAGAACACCAGCAUCAGGUGCUCCCGGAUCCAGUGCCCGGCGCUGCCGUGUGCCAGCCCCGUGACGGAGCCGCAGCAGUGCUGCCCGCGCUGUCCCGAGCCCCCGUCCCCGUCCGGGCUGCGGGCGCCCGCCAGGUCGUGCCGCUACAACGGGACCACGUUCCAGCAGGGAGAGAUGUUCAGCGGCAGCGAGCUGUUCCCCGGCCGCCAGCCCAACCAGUGUGUGCAGUGCAGCUGCUCCGAAGGCCAGAUUUACUGUGGCUUGGUGACCUGCCCCGAGCUGCUGUGCUCCUCUCCCUUCAGCGUGCCAGACUCCUGCUGCCAGGUCUGCAAAGAUAGCUCCCUUGAGAAGCCCUCGGAAGAGGAGCCCCUGCAGUUAAACAGAGGUGUUAGACAUUCCCAGGAUCAGUGCUUGGGAGAGGUGGUGGGCAGGAAGGCCCCUGGAGCCACCGUGUCCACGGCUCUCAGCUCUUCCCUGGAGCUGAUUCCCAGAAGCUUCAAACCCAAGGGAGCAGGUGGCACCACUGUCAAGAUUGUCUUGAAAGAGAAGCACAAGAAAGCCUGUGUGUACAACGGGAAGACCUACUCGCACGGCGAGGUGUGGCACCCCGUGUUCCGGCUCUACGGCCUGCUGCCCUGCAUCCUCUGCACCUGCAGGGACGGCGUCCAGGACUGCCACAAGCUCACCUGCCCCAAGGAGUACCCCUGCCAGCACCCUGAAAAAGUGGAUGGGAAGUGCUGUAAGGAAUGUCCAGGGGUUCCUUUCCUGCUGGGAAGGACCGUGGCCAUCGAGAGGGAGCUGGCAGAGGAGGUGGAAAUCUACAACUGGAAGCUGAUUAAAGGAAUAUUCCAUCUGAUCCAGACCAAGAAGAUCAGCAAGCAAGAAUUCAAGCAAGAGGCACAAAACUUCAGGCUGAUCACCAGGACAAACGAAGGUCACUGGAACAUCUUCCGAGCGCAGACGUCGGAGCUGAGGAUGACGGAGAGCCCAGAGAAGGAGACAAAGACCUUGUAAAGCCGAGAACUCUCCUCUAGCUAUCGAUUUAUCUACACACAGACACACAUACACAUAUAUCCCAACUCCAGAGCUGCAUUACUCAGUAGACUGGCACUGCAAUACAGGUUACACUAGUGGGAAUUCCAGCGACUCCAGAGAACCAUCCCAACCCCAAGCCAUCGGAGCCACAGCCGGGCAGGUGCCUCCCUCCCGCUGCCCAGAGGUGUGGGGUGAGCACAGGGA